AUGAAUAAAGAAUCUCAUUUAAACUCAAAUAGGUAUUCUUCUAGUGUCCAAAUUUUGAGUCCUCACUUUAGAAAUAUUAAAACUUUUAAUAGCUUACAAAAUCAAGAAAAAAAGUUGUAUCACAUUAUUUCGAGAUUCUUAAGCAACGAAGAAGUUAUUCAUCCAUUGUCCCAACUUAACGAGUUUUUUGAAAAUUACAAUACAGAAGAAUUUUCAUGGAAAACAUGUUUUAUGAUUCUCUGCCUUUUUCUUGAUCAUCAAACAAUCAGGAGGUUUACCCAACAAAGUGAAAUUAAGCAACAAUAUACUAGUUAUUGUCUUAAUUUUUCUUGUGAAAAAAACGAAGAAAUUUCAAAAUUUACAAGUGAUGAGAAAAAAAAAAACCAAUUAAAUAAAAAGAGAUUAUAUAAUAUUAUGGAAGAUCAAGAAAAUAAUGGCCCAAAGAAAAAGAAAAAUGAAAACUUUGAAGAACUUUUUUUAGAAAAUCAUCAUGAAUUGUUCUACUUCUACCUAUUAAAUAAACUCGAAAAUGUCAAGAAUCUAUAUAAUCAGACAUUUAAAAACAUAUCGAAUGAAACUAUAAUAUCUGAUGACGCUAUCAUAAUGGAAAAAUCAUUUUAUGAUUUAAUUGGGCUUAAGUAUACAUAUUACACAACAUCAUUUUUCAACAGUUCAUCUUUGAGUGUAAAAAGACUCUUACUCUCUAAUAAGAAUUUAUGUGAUAAUAUCGAAAUAUUUGAUCAUGUUAAUUUGUGGUGUAUUCAGAGAAUUAACAAAAGGGAGUCUAUUUCUAACACAAUUAACUCUAACAUCGACAAAAAUGACUUAAGAUCAGUUUUGAAUCUCUCUUCUGACGCAUCUGAUACUGAAACAAUCAAUAGAUGCGAUAUUUUGCUUAAGUGGUUAUUUCUUCCCAUUGAAGAUAUUUCAGAUUCUGAAAAGAUUUUCAAAUCAUAUAAUAGACUCAAAGAAGCAAGAAUGAAAUGGGAUUCUCAAUAUGGCGUUAAGGAUAAUGAUGGUAUUAACAUGGAAACCAGAACUGAACAUUUUUAUUCAGCAAAAUCCAAUUUUCAGAAAUUGGUAAUUGAGUUUGUACUAGACAGACAUAGUGAGCAACAAAACAAGUAUUAUAAUCCUUUUUGGACGUUAGGAAUAGACCCAAAAAAAUUCAAAAUAAAUGAAAUGCCAACAGUCAAAAAAAAAUUGUUAUUAUUUACACACCCUGACAAAGUUCUAGAAAAAAAAAUGAAAGCGAAGGCAAAUGAGGCCUAUAUUAUAAUUCGAGAAUCGUUAGAACUCAUAAACAAAUUAUACAAAACAAAUAACAGCAUAAUUGAAACUCUACCUAAAGGACCGGAAUUAUCGUAUGAUUUUAAUUCGUAUCUUGAAAAUUAUCUUUAUGGAAAAAACAAACCACCGGAAAUAUUAGAAAUAAGUGCAUCAAUAAUAGAAGUAAAUGGUAAAGAAGUGCUCAAACUUCCUCCGGGAAUUAGAAUAUAUACAAAAUUUAGCGAAUUAAAGACAAAUGCCAAACUUAAAAUUUACUUGACACUACCUUUUAUUGGAUCAAAUACAUUGAUUGAAAAAAACCAACUAUUAGAAUAUGUUUUCACUACAUAUUUUGUAGAACCAAAUAAUGAAUCAAAUAAAAAAGACCUUCAAAUUAAAUUGUCAGGGGAUUGUAUUUAUUUUGAAAUUUUUGACUUGCUAUUUUUAGGGUAUCCCGGUGUUACUGAAAUAUCAUAUUAUAUUGGUCUACAAGUAACCUGUAAUGAUUUAUUUUCGAAAAUAACAUGGAAAAGAGUUAAAACUAAGCUACCUUCUGAAUGCGAGAUCAUAAAAGGAUUCUCAAAAAAUGGAAUUAAAAAAUAUUUAGAAUUAUAUUGUAGAACUUGGGGUAACGAAAGAAAAUGUGUGCAAAACAUGUUCUCAGCAGCAAAAUUGUGGAAUAUUAUUGAUAAUACAUCACGAAAAACUGAACUUGUAAAAGUACUGAUCGCAUUAAUGGAAAACUCAUAUAAAAUAUCUCUCCUUCAUGUGCAUAAUUUCUAG